AACUCGAGGAGAAGGGGCUUCCUCCCUUCGUAUUCCCUGAGCGUUGAUGGUGGAGAUCCGCCGGCAUCUGUCUGUCUCUCUUUCUCUGUGGCGUAUCAGUGGGAAAGCUUAGGCGGUGGCGGGGAAGGGGUUGAAGUUGGACAGCUAGAAGGCAGAGGGAGCAGAAGGGAGGAACGGCGCUCGACAACCACGUGACAGUGUCUGGUCCCACCUGGCGGCCACAACCAUCGUCUUGUUGAUGGGUGGGGGGGCCUCUCGAUCUUCUUCGAAUCUCUAUCCCUCGCCAGCGAGCCAGGGAGGGGAGGAAGAAGGCACUGCCCACACUAGAGAGACCGUGGCACUUUCCUAUUCUGCUGACCAGAGAGAUAGAAGGAAACCCCAUCAAGCGCCGACUCGGGUUGCAUGCCGUCAGAGACAGGAGAAAACCAAAGAAGGCGACGCGGAUCGGCGGGAGAGUUGCGGAAUACCCGGGUCGUUGAGGGGGGUGGGGCUUCCAUGCUGGCGGGUUUGCCACCCUGUCGUGCUCUGCAUUUCCCUCGCCAGCUUGGAGUCCACUACCCCCCUCUCUCUCUUCGUUUCGGUUUUGUGGAAGGAGUCUUGCCAUUGUUAAACAUUUAUUCGCUGGGAAAUUUCUGGCUUUUUGCCCGGACUCGAUUUAAAUCGGUGGGAUCUUAACUUUCUUUUUCGGCAAGGAGAAGAAGAAGAAGAAGAAGGGAGAGGGAGGGGUGGCACCAUGAGCCUCUUCGGCCUCGGUAGCAGGAAUCAGAAAACAUUUCGUCCUAAGAAAAACACACCAUCUGGCAGCAAGGGGGCACAGCUUCAACGGCACAUUGAUGCAACUCUAGGUAGUGGUAAUUUGAGGGAAGCAGUACGCCUUCCACCAGGAGAAGAUCCAAAUGAGUGGCUAGCAGUAAACACUGUAGAUUUCUUUAAUCAGGUGAAUGUGCUCUAUGGUACUCUCACAGAGUUUUGUACACCUAACAGCUGUCCAACAAUGACUGCGGGGCCUAAGUAUGAAUACAGAUGGGCAGAUGGUGUUCAAAUAAAAAAACCUAUAGAGGUAUCUGCACCAAAAUAUGUGGAUUAUCUGAUGGACUGGAUUGAAGCUCAAUUGGAUAAUGAAUCCAUAUUUCCUCAGAAACUUGGGGCUCCAUUCCCCCCUAAUUUCAGGGAUGUAGUUAAGACAAUUUUCAAGCGUUUGUUCCGUGUUUAUGCUCAUAUUUACCAUUCGCACUUUCAGAAGAUUGUAAGCCUCAAAGAAGAAGCUCAUCUUAAUACUUGCUUUAAACAUUUUAUCCUGUUUACAUGUGAAUUCCAUUUGAUUGAGAAAGGUGAACUUGCUCCUCUGCAUGACUUGAUUGACUCCAUUGUUCUUUCCUAUUGAAAUCUUCUAAACAUGCUCAAAAUUCCAGUGAAGAAACCAGAAAACAGUUGAAACUUGAAAGGAGUUGAUGCGACAGAUACAUUAGUUUCACAAUGUUGAUAGAGCAAAUCUAUCGUCCUUUUCAACAUUCGUAUGGUGGAUGCCUGUCUAACCUCUGGAGCCCAGUGCUGAUGUGGGUCUGCACCGUUGUGUAUAUUUGGUGCACGUGAUGUUUCAAGUGCUCAUUCUUCUGUUCUUCCCUCGUUUGAUCAGUUCUCUUCUGCACUUCCAGAGUCCUAGGUUGCUUCUGAACUUGGAUGGUUAUUACGUCAUGCAGUGGUGUCUUCUGACUGUUGCUGUUAUUGAUAGUGAUGUUCUUUAACUUAUAUAAUAGCAGCCUCAUAUGUGAUUGGAGCAUGUCUUUUCUGUCACUAUUGGUUAUCUGAAUGGCAGUAUGUUGCUGUUUA